GCAAACGAAACAUGGCUGCUGCUACUGCUGCUCUUUAGUUUCAAUCUCCAUCUCAUUAAGCUUAUUCUUUCCCUUUCAACAGACAAUUACUCAAGCUGGGAAACCCUGUUCUCUCUCUCACAGAGAAUGCAGAUAAUCCAUGCCCUUUAACUCGCAUAAGCCAAGUAUUUCAAGCAUAGAAUCUGAUGGUAACACAAAAGGAAGCCGUUGUAGGAAAGGUUUUACCUAUGCCUUAGGAAGAAAGAAUGAUGAAAGCGAAGAAUCGAGUAAUGGCAUUAAACCACCCGACUCAUCCAGUCGGGAAGAGAUAGUUGCUUUGUUUAGAAAGAUACAAUCUUCAAUUGCCCGAGACAAAUGGCAAGUCCCAACCGAAUCAGUUAUGGAUGUUCUUCACAAAUCAGGAAAUAACCUACAAGAUUUUGCAGACACUGGAACCAAGGCAUUGAGAUGGAGAAGUGGCAACCCUAAGAAAAGGCAAGCUAAGGAGAAGGCUCCUGCUGAAAUGGACGAAUUCAAUUUAUCAAGGCCACCAUCUAAUUUUAUGAAAAAGUCACCAAUUCUACACCCAACAGCCCCAAGAACAAGGACUCCUGAGAACUUUGAAGCGGUACCUACAACCGAGGGGUCGGCAUCAGCAAACAUUGAGAAACUGAAGCUUUCAAAGUUGAAAGAACUAGCAAAAGCCAGAGGAAUCAAGGGUUACUCCAAAUUGAGUAAGUGUGAACUUCUUCAAUUAUUGAUUCCAUUAGAGAAAAGCAACUAGGUUUUACCCCUUUUCCAGUAGACAAAUAGUGCUGAUCCUUCAUUUUUAUUUUCAGCAGUUCCAAUUCAAAAAACUGGUAAAGACAGUCAUUCUCCAAUUGGAUA